CAAUCUACCUUCGACUUUUGCCGCAGCAAGACACAAACGCGAAAUAGUUUCUAGAGUUUUUUUUUAUUUACUAACCGGCUUCUAGGGCAGUGCAAAUACAUCAGGCUCCAGUCCAGUUCUCUUUACUGAUCUCAGUAGCCAUAAAAAAAUAAACUCUUGAGUGUUUUAAGAAGCAAAUAGUACCUGUUGGAAAAUGCCGUGUACCUGACCGAGAUUUUAAUAGUCUGUACAUGUGAGUGCCCACUUGGUGUUUUUAAUAGUGAAAUUGAAAGUUGGAUUGUCGAAACUACAUUUUCGAUCUGCCACAACUGUGUGAUCCCAACUACAAAAGUGAGAGGAAUUGUAAUAAAAAUUGAAGAGUUGUGAUGCCUGAUAGUUCAGUGCUAACAACUACCCAUUAAACAGAUCAAGGAUUUUGUGCAACAGUAAGCGGGUGAGUUGUGAAUAAGAUAAAUCUCGUGAUUGGGCCUCCAAAUGAAGUUCAUUCAUUAAAAUUGAGAAACUGUGUUGUCGACCAAGAAAGAGGAGUGAAAAAAUAUACAAAGUGUGAGUUAAAUGUAAAAUAAUACCUAAAAUGAAACUCGUGCCCUGUAACCGAUUGGUAAAAGUGAUUCUUUUGUUGUCGAUUUUACACCAUGUGUGGUGCCGUAAUAACGACUUGAACGAGAGUAAAAGUGAAAAACGUCGCAAUCUAAGCAGGCAAAGAGCAAACAAAUCCAGCGCUAGGAUUGUCGAGAAAACCAUCAAUUCUCUCAACAUUACAGAUGCCAACAACAAUACACUUUCAAUAGUAAAUAGUGUGGCUCAGAUUGAUAUAGAUGAAAUAAAACCCCCUAAACCCCGUUUAAACAAAAAAGCAAAAGCAACUCUGAUAUGCCCACAGGAGAAGCAAGCGCCUUUUCAGUUGAUACCAACUCUAUGCAGACGAAACCGGGACUGUAGAAAAUCAGGCAAUAAUUUUAGGUGCUGCAAUCUUUUCGGGAGUAAAAGAUGUGUGCAAGGUGUUCCCAAACCUAUUCCCGAACCUCCUCAUGAUCCCAUUUUCGGGAUUCCAAGACGAUGCCCGAAGCAACCUUUGACAGAAACAUUUUGGGAAAUUAAAACUUGCCAAACCGACAAUGAUUGCUGGCCUCGUGUGUGUUGUCCAGAUGGAGACAAAAAAUACUGCCGAACGUCUCAACCUGUAUUUGAAGAGUCAGAUAACCCCGCAGCUAGACAACUAGCAUAUCCUAUUGAAUCAGUAUCACAAUAUCUGCAGUGCACGCCUCCCCCUCCUGUUAUAUUUGAUAUUCAUCCGAAGUCCUGUAACAGCACAUUAGAUUGCUUUCCAAAUCUUUGUUGCCAAGAAUCAGGCAAACGUCACUGCAGACCUCCUAGGCGAUCGCUGUUAGCACUAGUAACUGGUCUCACUUCACGUUUUAAUAUUGGUGUUAUUAAAGACAUUACUGAUAAUUUAGUUAUUAAAAAAUAAAUCUCCUGAGAUAAAGAAAACAUUGUAAUUUUUAAAAUAAAUAAAACAUUAUAUUGGUAGUUACUCAAAAA